ACCUGGCGGGUCCGCUUUGUUGGGCGGUCGGGGGGAAGCCUGUUUCUACAGCGGCACAGUGGGCGGUGGGUGCUGGAAUCCAGGCAGCCGUAUAAGCUGUAGACAUUCGUUACCGAAAAAGCGUUAAAUGAGUAUGAAAAAAAUGGAGGGAAAAAUGUAAAAUAUCAAUUCAAUCACUUUUAUGUUUUACAGUGCAUCAGACCAACUUGGUGUAUCAAUAGACACGGCUAUCGUCAACUAUUGGUUAACCCAUUCGCUUCAUACAGUUUCCCCUCACUAUAAACUUACAGCGGGCACUGGCAUCAAAUACAGCACACUAUUCCUAAUACUUACACUACACUUCGCUUGCCCCGCCACCAGCUCCCAAACUACCCCGCUAUAAUAUCUGUCAUCUACAGCGAUGGCAGCCGCCAGCCAAAUUGAUUCCAGCGCUGAAUGAUUUGUCACAGCCCCUUCAACCGACGUCAAUUCAAGCUUUUUAUCUAAUUCUCACCCACUACGUCAACGUCAACGGUCUGAUCGCCUCAGCUAUAAAAUAGUAGCCACAGACACUUGCUUCUUUUCUUUCCAUUUUCCUUUUACAUCGUUAAUCUCCACGUUUACCAUCUCUCCCCCAUGCGAUUGUCACCCAUCUUCCGCACGCUUUUCUACUCCGUCUCCAACCUCGGCCGUUUCAGAGCUCCAACAUCGACACACUUUGCCACGCUCCGUCCUCUCCCACUGAGGUCCAUGUCAGGCAUCCCCUUUAUCGGCGCCUUAUUCGGUUCAUCAUCGUCCAAGUCUUCAUCCAACAUGACGUAUCCCGAUCAACGCACCGACGACGAAUGGCGCGCAGUCCUCAACAAAGAGCAAUUCCGUGUAUUACGCAAGCAGGGCACUGAGGCCCCUGGCUCCGGAACCUUUGACAAGCACUACCCUUCCGAGGGAGUCUACACUUGUGCAGGUUGUGCGGCCCCUCUCUACAAGGCAAACCAUAAGUUCAAGUCUGGAUGCGGUUGGCCCGCCUACUUUGACAGUAUCCCUGGAGCUGUUACCCGACACGAGGAUCGCACGCUCGGCAUGUUGCGUACAGAAAUUGUAUGCUCCAACUGCGGCGGUCACCUCGGUCAUGUUUUCAAGGGCGAAGGCUUCGAUACACCUACGGAUGAGCGACACUGCGUCAACAGUGUUAGCUUGAACUUCUCCGCCGACGACAAGCCCGUGGCCAAGGAGAGCAAGGCAUAGAAACUGUUGUUAUAUGAUAUUAGUUGAUUUUUUGUGUAGUGAUGAGAGAUGAUGAAUGAGAGAGACGAAAGACUAGAGCAGAUAGCGAUGAUGUAGAACUACUGUAAUAAACGCACUUGAGAAUGUACAUUUAUGAUAUAUUGUUCACGCUUUUGGUGAGGCCUCCCCAACGUGACUGUAGUCCUAAACAAGCAGUUAGAAAAGAUCACCGCUCACACGAAUAAGUUCGCUGUCUUAUGAGACACCGUUGGUGAGUAAAAUCUACAGAUCAGCAAAGUAGUCUCCACCUAGUUAAAGUAAGGGUCAAUCAUGUAGAUGUUGGGAACCGGCGUGGAGCAAAGUAGGACUGUGGAGGGAUACGACCCAAUCAGUCAGUUGUGUAGACGCGACCCCAGAUUAUAAAUUGUUUAAUCACAUAUAGACAAAAUACAUACACACGCCCAAGUUGAAUGUUUAUUUCCGCAUCAGAUGACUCGACCCUUGAUUCGACGCCCUCUAAUUACACAAGCGGCAGGACGGAGUUUCCGCCUGCAAGACGCGUUAGAACCCCAACAAUCUGCAACCCUUUUUCAACAUCUCUCCAAGGGCUCGUAACUCUGUUUGAGAAAACGUCAAAGGAAAGCUCAGCCCUUUGCAGAAAGUUUGAUUACCAUGUUUCACUUCAAUCUUGCGCGUGUGGAGACGCGCUCUCGUCGGCUCUUUCGGCCGCAAGGUCACCUGAAAUCUGGCAGCUUAACGGCCGGGGCUGGAUAAUAGGAUUAAGACAUACAAGGGCGAUGACUGAUAAAUUUCUAGCUGAGUUAUCGUGGCUGAUGUUUACGAGAUGCGCAUGCCGCAAUGCGAUCCCGGCGAUGUUGAUGUAAAAGAGUAUCCUUUGAUAGAAUGGCAUACUAUGGUAUAGACUACCAUGGUACUGCCUGGUUGUAGUAAUACAGCUGCUGAUCUUUGUAACUCAAUGUAUACUUUUUUCGUUAAAUAGAUUCCAUUUAAUUAUCAAGCUUUCAUUGUUGCAAAGCUCGCGACUAUCAAUAUGUUCAGAUGGAAUUCGUAAGGG